CCUGCCUUUUCUUCUUCUUCAUAUCUCCAUGUUCAAUCUGAACCGCAAAACCACUCCACGCUACUUCGCUUUCGCCCUUCUUCUUCUAUACGUAUCGUCAUCGCCGCCGUCCUCAUCAUCAUCACCGCCGCCGUCACUAUCUCUCCGGAUCAGAAAACCAAGCCUCCGAGUGGUACCGAAUCACUGAGUCGGUGCUCUUCAAGCAGUUUCUAAUUUCACAGGUUUUUGAGGUUGGUAAGCUCUGGAAGCUGAAGUGAUUAAACCCUAGCUCGAUUUAGCAAGCGUUCUCUUUCAGAUUUCAUGCGGAAGUUGUUAGAAAUUGAUGAGUGUUCAAUUUUAAUUCCUUGGGAGUGAACUUUAAGAUUGUAUCUUCAACAAUGUUGCAAUGGAUGGGAGGUUCAAGGAGGAAAGUGAAUACUUCGAGGAAGUCUACACUGAACAGGCAAAAACAAUAUUUUGAACAAAGAAGGCGACAACAACAGCAUCAGCAGCAAACAAAUGGGAUAGAGAGCUAUGCAUAUAAUAUACAAACAGCUGGGAAGCAUGACAAAGAACAUCAGUCAUUGGAUAUUCUCAGUUUACUCAACUUGUCGAAAGUCUCCCAAGAACAGAAAUCUGCUUGCCCCAAUGGAAGGGAAGAUAUAGAAGUCAAUGCUUCAAGAGUGACAUAUGAUCUUUCAGAGGAUCCACUAAGAAUUGCUUCAAAGAUGGUUGCUCCUCCCACUUCUGUUAAAUUUAACAAAGCAAGAGCUGAAUCAGGCUUCCAUUCAGAGGUUGCAUCUCCAAAAAAGGCUAUCGCUACUGCUCCUGAUAAUCACAGAAAGUCUUUCAAUGAAAUGUAUUCUAAACCACAUAACUCGAGGACACCUGUUGAGCAGCUUUCAGAGUCUUGUGUGCUUGAUUUUUUCGGCAAUGAUGGAUUGGAGGAUGACCAUGUAGAAGGAAGUCCAGUCCAUGAAGCUCACGUUGCAUUUUCAGUUGAAGGUUUGGGAAAAGUGGGAAUGGAAACACCGGUCCAUUCACCAAAACAACCUGGAAGGACCUUCUCCUAUGAUUGCUCCACACCAUUGCACGGUGCAAGGAAAGUGAACUCAUUCAAGAACCUGAAGCGUCUGGAUGAUAUUGAAAUUGAAAUGGACACAGUAAUGCAAGAUAUCACUAUGCCCCUUAGUAGCAAUGAUUUAGAGUUCUCUGAGGAUUUAAUGGAUUCAAUCAGUAAUCCAAAGAAGAAAUUCUCCACUUUCAGAAAUUGCACACAAUAUGAUGGUCAUGAUAGUAAAUUUGAAACCUAUUAUGGAGGCAGAAGAAUAUUUGACGAUAUUGAAAAUGGCAACAAAGACAGAUGGGAUGGUAGGUAUAACUACCUUGAGGAAGACUCUUUUAAUGAAUGGGAACAUGAUUUAUCAUUGGGGAGGCCAAGUGAAGUGAACCGUAGAUCUGUUGAUAAUAUGAUGCAUGGAGAGUAUGGGAUGUCAGAUUUCACUUUUGAAGAACCCUUUUCCCCAACGAGGUUUUGUUCAAGCAUAACAGACAAGUUCAACAUCUUAGAGUCACCUUCAUACUCGAAGCACCAAGUAUUAGAGAAUGAUCUUGAUUUUAUAUUUUCCACCGGGGCAAGAGAGCAUACACGAAGGAAAUUUAAUUUUGGAGGUGUAGCCAGCCGACCUGAUUGGUCUUGCUUUGCAACUGAAUAUGAUAGGGAUAAUGCGAGCCUACUGAGUUCAUUACCUUCUGUGUCUUUUGGCAGUGAAGAGUCAUGCUCAUCAAGUGCAGUGAGGGUCAAUGCAACUGAUGAUUCGCUGCCAAAGUCAACCAGAAAACACAGUAAGAGAAGACAUGGCAAUUCAUGUGCCGACCCUGAACAUAAAUAUCAUGUGGACAUAACUUCUAUGGAAAGGACACAAGACAGAAGCAGGGAUUUUUUUCAACAGAAGAAUAUUGCACAUGGAUCAGGGAGAUGUACAAAUAUGUCAAAAUCAUCAAAGUUUAAACCCUCCCACCACUCAAACACUCCUUUCCGUGAAAAGUCAACCCCAAACAGCAAUUGGAGGUCUGAGGAAAGAUACAUGUCAGUUGAUAUAGAUUCGGGUUCCAGUUCUUUCCAUCAAAAUUCCUGUCCAUCAGCAGGCUCUAUGCCUUUGUCUCGAGAUCCUUUCGGUGCAUUCGAUUGCCUAGAAUUACAUGUGGAUGCCAGACCUUCAGAACACUGUGAACCUGUUGCGAGUUCACCUUCAGGCAGUUUUAUCUCUCAGAAAUUUGCAUUUCAUGACUCUCCUCCUGUAACCUCUAACAUUGGGUGUGGACCAACAAAACCAAAUCUUUAUCCAUGUUCACAUGAUCAGACCCCAUCUCCUGAUUUGUCAGCACAAGAAAGUUUUAGCAAGGCCGAGGAGGGAAAAGUGAAAUUCCAGCCCAAAGAAAAAUCUAGACAGGAGGAAGAAAAUGCUAUUCUGAACAACUUGCUCACAGAAAGUGUAGAUGCAGCAAGUGCUUUACGAUCAAAGAACAAGUACAGUGUAUGCAAGAAAGCAAAGGAUGCAGAUUCAGGACGAAAUGAGGGAAGUAUAAAAGCAACCUAUAUGCCUGACCAUACUGAGGAGGCAUCAUCGUUUUUGAAGAGUCCAGAUAAAAUUCAAAACACAGUGGAUGAAAAAGAAGAAUCCCAUCACUCUGAAAUUCCUCUUCCAUGUCGAAGUCGGAACAAAGAGAUGGAAGAUUCUGAGCCUCAGGAAAGAAAGACUUUCCUUAAACAGCAAAGUGAAUUCGUUGACUCAUCUUCUCAGGUUAUGAUGCUUCAGAGCUAUGUUCUUCAGUUUCUUUGUGUGCAGAAGGUAUUGAAGGACGCAGCUGCACAGAAUAGCAUGAAGAAAAUAUAGCAUCUUCGGCAUGUCUAAUGGAUGUAAAGAUUCUCCUUGUUAAUAUCAUAGGAUGUGUAAUCAAUAGGUGAAUUAGAAACUGCCGGCAGAUCUAGAAAUCUGCACUAAUUUGGAACUCUUGGUGCUACUGAAAAUGCUAUCUAAUAUUCGUUACAAGUGUAACACAAAGGAGCACAAAGUAAUCUUGAGUUCUUUCUACUGUAUACAAAUUAAAUAAAGAAACUGGAUCAUCUGAUGAAAAUAGGAGUUCAAACAAAAC